CUGCUAUUAAUUCUCAAAAUUAAAGUACCAUUCUUCAACUGAGUUCUGAAAAGUACUACACUUCUUUUGGGUUCUCUAUUUUUGCCGCUAAUAAGAACAUUCAGUUGGGGACGUAUACCUUCUUCUUUCUUCCUAUCAUACUUUCAUUCAGAUCCUUCAUUGGAUUAUCUAUCUUCCACAGUUUCAUCCAUUCUAGAUACGAGUACACAUUCACGAAAUGGCGAAUGAUAAUAUCCUUAAAAGAGAAGCAAAAUCACUAUCGGCCAUUGAGUGUGCGACGACGGCGGCGGCGGCGGCAACGGAGGUGGAGACAGUUUCGGCGGUGAAGUGCUGUUGUUGUGGAUUGGUGGAGGAGUGCACGGAGGCGUAUAUUACGCGCGUGAAGGAGCGCUACGUGGGCCGUUGGAUUUGCGGACUUUGUGGUGAGGCAGUGAAGGAUGAACGGUUGAGAUCAAGGAACAAAAGUGAGGAUGAGAGUAUUAUGAUGACAAUGGAUGAAGCAAUUAGAAGUCACAUGAAGUUUUGUCAACAAUUCAGGUCUUCAAUUAGUCCACCCAAUAACCCCACUGAGGAAUUCAUAAUUGCAAUGAAGAACAUCCUCUUUAGGACAUUGGAUUCUCCUAGGAAGGACAGUUUCAAUGGUUGUAGGCCACUAGGUAGAUCCCAAAGUUGCUUCUCAACCAUACAACCAACAACAACAAAAACUACUACUACUACUUCUCAAGAUCAGACACUUUCUGAGUGAUUAAUCAUUGU